AUGGAGCUUGAGGUCUCCGUGGAUAAUGAGCAGCAAUUCUGGACCAGUAUGAUUGUGCUUCCCGUAUUUUCUGCGCUUGUGGUCUCCGUUCUGAGAACUGACCUGUUCCGCAUCCGCGCAGGCAUCCAAGAGAUUGUAUCCGCCCCUUGCUCGACGGAAGACUUAAUCGAUGAUGCGUUACGGGCGUAUCGGGCAUUAUUUUGCAAAUACUACGGUCCGUCGCAUGUGCUAAUCAACUUCCGCACCCCUCCAGAGCAAUAUCUCCAGUCCGAGUUUGAGGUUACAACAUGUUCGCUCACACUGGUUUCGUCGGCAAUCUUUGUCGCUCAUAAGGACUAUGUCCGGCGGCAGAUGAUAUACGCUUUAUUGCAGGAAGAUGAUCCCGUGACGCUUCAUAUGAUUGCAUCUUUCCUUCUCUUCGAUGGCCGGCACCAUGAGAUUCCACUUUAUAUGAUGAAUGAGGAGGGUGCGUUCCCGCGGUUACUCGAGUUGCUUCAAGUGCAAUCGCUACGCAUGGACGAUGAAAGCGCGGCGAAUUUACACCGGCUUUUGAUGGACCUUUUGUAUGAGUUGUCACGGAUACAGAAAAUCAAAAUUGAAGACCUCAUUCUUGUGGACGACGAUUUUGUGCGGGGUCUUUUCGAUAUCAUUGAGCAUGUGUCGUAUGAUGCCAAUGACCCAUAUCACUAUCCUGUCAUUCGUGUACUGUUGGUCCUUAAUGAGCAGUUCAUGAUAUCAGCUCAUAACCCUGAUGGGGAGCAAUCGCCAUUGACCCCCUUGACCAACAAGGUCAUUAAAGUCCUUUCCAUGCACGGGAACUCGUAUAAGACGUUUGGAGAGAAUAUCAUCCUACUAAUAAAUAGAGAAGCUGAGACUUCGUUGCAGCUCCUCACUCUUAAACUCCUAUAUCUUAUCUUCACGACACCAAGCACCUAUGAGUAUUUCUUCACCAAUGACCUCCAUGUCUUGGUUGAUAUUCUCAUACGGAACCUUCUUGACCUUCCGGAAGAAGCUUCGGCUUUGCGACAUACUUACCUCAGGGUCCUCUAUCCGCUGAUCGCUCAUACGCAAUUAAGAUUACCGCCGCACUACAAGCGCGAUGAACUCAAACGUAUGCUUAGCCUGCUUGUCCGAGGUCAGCUGACUGGUGACGCUGCUGCCGACUCUGAAAAGAUCAUGCACUUUGAUGAAGUCGACGAAACAACUCGAAGGCUAGUCCUUCGAUGCGCCGCCGUUGACUGGCUGCGCGAUGAACCUGAGCCGCACGAGUCUAGCCGGCCCUCACAAAGGGAGGAUAGCUCGAUUUUGUCUUUCCCUUCAAUUGACAGCGCUCUCCUGUCGGAUGCCGACAUAGGGACGUCAUUGGAAUCAUCCCAGUCAAUCGGUUCAAACAGUACACGGGAAAGUUCACUUGAAGACUUAUCAUCACCUCCAGGCGAAGACCGAGACCGUUCAGCAUCUGCAGACGAGACACCACGCAAGCAUAACCAAAUCGAGCGGCUAGGGAUGCACCUCACUCCUGCCUCAUCGUCUUCCCUCAGUGUGGACGAAAUCGCGUCCCAGCGCGAAAAGCCAGGAGUGAUCACACCAAGCCGCCACGACGGGCCUGUACCCAGGACACAAGUAAGCCCCACCAAGCACAAAGUAAAACCGCUGCCCCCGAAGACAAGACGCUCGCGCGGCCGAAGGGCAACAGUAGACGAAACCGCCUCCCCUAUCUCGAAGACAAGCAUUUCAGAGGAAAGGGGGAACAGCAGUCCUAGCCCUUUCACAACAACACCUAUCAUCACUACCUCUGAUCAAUUCAGCCCCGAUAUCGAACGGCGAGACUCAUCCUCCACGAUUCAUAGUCAAACUCACGCCCUGCCAGUCCCUCCAGUUCAACAUCAACAACCCCCACCAACAACUAACAAAACAACCCGCCGCUCAGCCUCUAAUCCGCCUCCGGCGGUCCCGCCUCCUCGCCGCUCCACCCACCAUCACCUCCACUUCUCCAGCCACUGCACACCCGUUGCAAGCUUAAGCCCUUCGCGCCUUCCAUCGCAACAAGGUAGCAUCACCCCCACUGCCACCGGCACUCAAGCCCAGCUUCCGAACCAAGGUCAAAACCAGAGCCACAAGCAAGCUCAAAAGCCCGAACCACCACGGACACGCCGUUCGGGCCGCAAACAUACAUUCACCGAUUCGUCAGACACGUCGCUGUCCAGUCACAGCCAAGGCGUGAAUAGUAUUAGCAGCUGUGCGAGCAACGGCAGCGGAAGUAGCGGUGUUGCCACAACGUUCUUGCAUCCGGAUUAUCAGUAUCAGUAUUCUCAUAACAAUUCGUCUGCUCCUGCUCCUGGAUUUGCUGCCGCGGCGGUUGGGAUUGUGGAAAGAGAAGAUGGGAAGACUGCAGAACCUGAAUCAGGCGCGAAUGGGCAUCAGCUUAUCAGUGUUGAAGAGGCUUUGCAGAAGGUCUCGCUGCACUAA